CGUCAUGAACCAAUCAUGACCGCGUUAUUUAAUCUUAUUUUCUGUACAACAUAUCUUCAACCUUUCAUUCAACGCAACCAAUCAUGUCUACCUCCAAAACAUCUGAUCUAUAUGCGGUCGCAGAUUUCUGCCUCAUUCCUAUGGGCACAGGAGAGUCCUCGGUCGCGGAGGAAAUCGCAGAAUGUCAGAGGAUCUUGAAGAAAUCAGGCCUGAAGUUUGAACUGCACGGUUAUGGAACCAACCUUGAAGGCCCCUGGAGCGAAGUCACCAAAGCUAUCCAUGACUGCCACGCCGCAGUCCAUGAAAAGGGGGCCCCGCGUAUUGCUACGGAUAUUCGCAUCGGCACUCGAGUUGAUAGGGACACUGCCCCAGGCGACGGUAAUGCUGGCAAAGUCAGGCGCGUCGAGGAGAUACUGGCUAAAGAUUGAUACAGCGCAAGAAGGAUAAUCACUUGUUUGUACAGUAAAAGAUUAAUACAGAUGAUUGGCUAGU